AUGUGGGCCCGAACCAAUUGUGCCUUCAACAACUCAGGUCAUGGCCGGUGCCAAACCGGCGACUGCGGAGGACUCCUCCAAUGCCAAGCCUAUGGUUCACCCCCAAACACCCUAGCCGAGUAUGCUCUAAACCAAUUUGGCAACAAAGACUUUUUCGACAUUUCACUUGUAGAUGGGUUCAAUGUUCCAAUGGAAUUUAGUCCCACGUCUAAUGCGUGCACCAGGGGGAUCAGAUGUGCUCAAGAUAUAAAAACGCAGUGCCCUAAUGAGUUGAAGGCUCCAGGUGUCUUUCACAACCCUUGCACUGUGUACAAAACUGACAAGUAUUGUUGCAAUUCGGGGAGAUGUGGGUCUACAAAUUUAUCCAAGUUUUUUGAGGAUCGGUGUAGGGAUGCUUAUAGUUACCCUAAAGAUGAUCCAACUAGCACUUUUACUUGUCCUGGUGGGACUAAUUACAAGGUUGUGUUCUGCCCUUGGAUCACAUUGUUUCUCCAAGUUAUGUUGUGUGGCGUUUGUAAGAUGUGUACUAAUAUGAAUCCUUAA